AUGCCGACUCAAAUUUUUAUCAUUCCACCAAAACAAUCUCGGACAAAAAAAUCAUUGAAAGCAUCGAAAAGUGAUAAAUCUACUCAAGAUGAAAAUUUUUCUCAAUCAGUAUCUAAUACUCCAAUUAAUGAACAAACAAAAUCUUCAAGUGACAAUAAAUUAGCAGUAAUGAAAACAAUUCCAUCUGUACGUAUAAGUCCACCUCAACCCAUAAUUGAUAGUUUAUUUGAUUGGGAUGAUGAAGAUCGACGUUUUGGUCAAGGAUCAAAAUUUGGUCGAAAUCGACAAAAACAACAACAAAAACAAAUAUAUGAAAAACUGUCUCGAAUUCAAGAAAGUGUAGGACAACAACAACAGCAACAACAUGCUGCUUUACCAGCUAUUGUUUCAGCACCAAUAGUUGAAUUACCUGGUGCACAAUCAACAUCGAAUGCAAAUGAUCAUACAACAUCAAAACGAGAAGGAAGUCUAGAUGUAGGUGAACAACAAGGACACACAUUACUUCAUUUAGCUGCUAAACUUGGACAUGAAGAAAUAAUGAGAAUGUUAAUUACUGAAACAUCACAUGCUAAUAGUUUAUUAAAUACUCGUGGACAGACACCAUUACUGUGUGCUAUUGAAGCUGGAUCAACAUCAACAGCAACAUUACUCAUGGAGCAAGAUCCAUUAUCAUUAACAUGUAAAGAUAAUAUUGGUUCUAGUGUAUUUCAUUAUGCAACUGAACAUUGUAAUGAUAUUGUUUUAAGUCGUGCUAUUGCAUUACUUAAACGUCUCAGUUCAAGUGCUGCUAGAGUUACUGCUCUUCAACGACUUGUUGAAAAAAAUGCCAAUGGUAAAACACCAUUCGUUAUUGCCAUUGAAAAAGGUUCAUUGAAAUGUAUUAAAUAUAUAUUAAGUAGUAAAUGGUUACAUCGAAAUGCUGAAAUAGUAGAUUUUAUCAAUGCUGAUUCAUUAAAAACAACAAUUGAUGACGAUCAAUUAGAUAUAGCUUCAUUUUUUGUUUCUGAUACACGACGUUUUGCUGCUAUUAUUCAAAUACAAAUUGACGUUAAUGGGCGUGCAUAUAAUGUCUUAGAAUAUUCAAUAGCAUUGAGAAAACCUGAUUUUGUUCGAACGUUUAUUAGUGUAAGAAUUCCCGGUGAUGAAAGAGAACUUUAUCGAUCAUAUAAAAAUUUUUUAAAACAUUACAAUGUUGGUUAUUCUGGUUCAAGUUAUGAUCAAACACCUAUACAACGUAUGUUAACUAUGACGGAAAUGAUUCCAUUAGUUCCAUUAUUACUCGAACAAUUUGUUGGUGAAGAUGGUAUUGAUUUAUCAAUUGUUGAUGAUUGUUUACGAGCAAGUCCAGCACCACAUCGUUGUAUGUUUGGUCGUUCAAAACGAUUUUCAACAUCAAAUUGGCUUAAACAACAUCCAUUAUCAUUAAUUGCUGAAGCCAAUCAUGCACCAGUUUAUGAUCAUGAUGUUGUCAAAAUUUGUGUUGAUUUGAAAUUUCAAUUAUUUGGAAAUUUCCUAUAUUUACUUAUUCUAUGUGCACAAGUUUCAUUUGUAUGUUUAUAUACUGGUGUUGCACUUGGUUCACCUAUACCACCUCAUUCUUAUUAUGAUGUAUCAAAUAUAACAUGUAAACAAAUAUGUUACAGAUUAACAUCAGAUAUUAAUAAUCCAUUGCCACGCAAUGUUUUACUUCACUUCUUACGCAUUUUAUUAUUAAUAUGUUCUGGUAUUGCUUUAUUAAAAGAAUUUUUUCAAUUAAUAACACAACGUGAAAAAUAUCUUCGUGGUUUUUUUGUUAAUUUUCUUGAAUUACAUACAUAUGUGUGUGCAAUUUUAUUUGCAAUAGAUCUUAAUAAUUGUACACAACGCACUGGUCUUCGUUGUAAAUGGCAAUGGGAAGCAGGUGCAUUAGGUAUGGCUAGUGUAUGGACAUUAUUAUUACUUGUGUUUAUGAAUGCAUUAAAAAUUGGCAAAUAUGGCCUUUUAUUUGUUAGUGUAUUUUUAACAUUUUUAAAAUUUUGUCUUAUUUAUGUAUUUAUAUGGAUUGGAUAUAUAAUUGCAUUUCAUAUGUUAUUUGUACAUAAAAAACCACAAUUUACAUCUAUUUUUUAUGCAAUACCAAAGACAUUAGCUAUGCUUACAGGAGAAUAUGAUUUUGAUGAUUUAUUUUUUCCAAAUGGAAAAGUUUUACAAGGAAGUGAAGCAGCUAUGGUACUUUAUUCAACAUUUGUUUUUACAAUGAAUAUUGUUAUUAUGAAUAUUAUGGUUGGUCUAGCAGUUUCAGAUGUAAAACGUUUUCGUUUAAAUGCUAAACGUGAACAUUUACGUGCACGUAUUGAAACAUGUCUUGGUUUACAAGCUAAGUUUGGACUUUUAUGUGAAACUUGUUCUCGUUUGGUACUUGCAUUAGCUAAACGUUCAUUGUUUCCACGUUUCCAGAAACAUGUUACACAAAUUCAUGGAUUUAAAAAAUAUUAUCUAUGGAAAUUAGAAUUACGUACACCACGUGUUGAUUUACCACAAUCAACAAAUGUUUCAACAUCUGGAAAUAAUACUAGUCAAACUCAUAAUAAUAUACCAUCAACUCGAGGUUUGAGACAUCAUUCAACAAGAGAAUAUGUGACAUGUGAAGUUGGAUAUUAUCGACAUCAUAUUGAUCGUGCUGGUGAACCUUUAUUACAAGAAAAUGAUCAUAUACGUUUAAUGCGUAGAAUUGAUGAAUUACGUGAUGUUUUUGAAAAAGCUAAUUCACGUAUUCAUAAUGAAUUAAGAAAAUUAACUAUGUCAUUACAAUCAGAUUUUGAUGAAAUCAAAAGAAAAUUACUUGAAAGUUAA